AGCCGCGCGCCCCUGCGCCCUUGCGCCGCUGCGCCCCGCUCUCCCUUGCUCCCACACGCACACGCUCCGCCCGGCCAAGCAAGCCAUUGACCAUUGGUGCGAGCGCCUGCACCAGCCGCAGCGGAGGACGCAAAACACUCCUAGUUGCAUUCGGAGCUUUCAUCUGGGAGACCCAGGCGAGUGGCGAAGGUGGGCUGGGACCCUAGCGGGCGCUGCGCGGCUCGGGCCCUGGGCUGGCAGAGCUGCUUCGACCAGGCAGCCUCUGCCGGAGCUGGAGAGAGAGAAGCGGCUGCGGCCGUGGCGCGAGGAGGGGAACUUCCCGGUUUCCAGCGCCAUAACCCACGGAUGGAAAUCCUGAAUGGAGGAACCGCUGACUUCUUUGCGUGAGAAAAUUGUCCCGAGGAACUCGGAUUUGACUGCUCAGAGCAGCGAAAGGUGUGUCCAUGACGUGGUUUGGGGAAAAUCGGCAAUCGAAACCUCCCAUGUGAGCUGCCAACUGUGACCGAGGGAGAAGAGUAUGCUUGCUUUAGGUGUUUGAAUUUCAUGCACAAGGCUUUAAGCAAGUGGGCCAUAAACUUACUUCGGCAUCCACUUCAGCAGAAACCCGAAGUCUUGUCGGAGAACCCCCAUCUUUAUCCUGGAAAGCCGCCUUCGUGUACCCACAUCCUUUGGAUUGAAUCUCUGUUUGGGCUCAUCUUUCCUAUAGAACAUAGUUAAAUAUCUAGAAAUGUUCUGCCAAUUUCUGGGACAUAGGUCUGAGGACCUAUACAAGGCGCUAGGAUUCAGCCCAGUACAUUUGAAAAAAAUGACAAUUUAAACAGUUUUAGGAUACCUUGGUGUUCUUUUAAAUCCUUGUAAGAUAAGAUCUGACGGAUUUACACACGUGACAGGUAAGAACUUUCUCUUUUUUAGCCUAGUCUCAGAGAAGGCCCAAGUAGAGCAGGACCCAGGAAGAGGAGGGCCGUGCGCCCCUCGGGGGCUUCAGGCUCUUGGCCCGGAAGCUGCUUUGGGAAGGCACAGCCCUUGCUCCUGGACAGGCUGGAGAAGCGUGGGGGGCACGAGCGGGUGGAAGGCGGCGCUGCGCUCCACCUGCCCUGCCCCGGACGAAGCCCGGGGGCGAGGCGUCAAUAUUAGGAUUUUUAUUAAACACAAGGAAUGGUCUUUUAAUUAUUCAGAAACACAGCUCCUCCGGGCCAGACGCUGCUGCGAUGGUGCUGGUCACACAAUAUUCUAGCCCCGACCGCGAAGAGGACGAUAAAAGCGUCCGGAGACACCCUUUGCAAUCACGGAUGAACCACACUUGGUAGUACCGGGCAUUGAUUGCUGGUGCCCGAGCAGACUCUCCUCCCCUCUCCCUGGACGCCCCCCCCCCCCACCGAGGCUGGCUCCCGCGGCGGCCAGGGCUCACGUCCGUGCCUCCUCCGUGGCCCGGGUUGCGUUUAUUUUUCAUGAGCCCCGGGUGAACAGGUGCGAAGUGCUCUGGGAGCAUCCGCUGGCGGCCGGGCGCGCGGAACAUGGAGAGCGAACGCGACAUGUACCGCCAGUUCCAAGACUGGUGCCUUAGGACUUACGGGGACUCGGGCAAGACCAAGACGGUGACCCGUAAGAAAUACGAGCGGAUCGUCCAGCUCCUCAACGGGUCCGAGUCGAGCUCCACGGACAAUGCCAAAUUUAAAUUCUGGGUCAAAUCGAAAGGCUUCCAGCUGGGCCAGCCGGACGAGGUCCGCGGGGGAGCCGGCGGCGCCAAGCAGGUGCUCUACGUGAGGGUCAAGACCACGGAUGGAGUAGGUGUAGAUGAGAAGCUGUCUUUACGGCGAGUAGCAGUGGUUGAAGACUUCUUUGACAUUAUUUAUUCAAUGCAUGUGGAAACAGGACCAAAUGGUGAACAAAUUCGAAAACAUGCUGGACAAAAGAGAACUUACAAAGCAAUUUCAGAGAGCUAUGCCUUCCUACCAAGAGAAGCGGUGACACGAUUUCUAAUGAGCUGCUCAGAGUGCCAGAAAAGAAUGCAUUUAAACCCAGAUGGAACAGAUCAUAAAGAUAAUGGAAAGCCUCCUACCUUGGUUAGCAGCAUGAUUGACUACAACAUGCCAAUCACCAUGGCCUACAUGAAGCAUAUGAAACUACAGCUGCUGAACAACCAGCAAGAUGAGGAUGAAAGUUCAAUAGAAAGUGAUGAAUUUGAUAUGAGUGAUUCAACACGGAUGUCAGCUGUGAACUCCGACCUUAGCUCCAAUCUUGAAGAAAGAAUACAAAGUCCCCAGACCCUUCAUGGCCAGCAAGAUGAUGAUUCUGCUGCAGAGAGCUUUAAUGGCAAUGAGACUCUGGGGCACAGCUCAGUUGCAUCAGGGGGAGCACACUGCAGGGAGAUGGGAGACUCCAACAGUGAUGGCAAAGCUGGGCUGGAGCCCGAAGAACAGCCACUGAACCUGAGUGACAGUCCCCUCUCUGCACAGCUGACUUCAGAAUACAGAAUAGAUGAACAGAAUAGUAACGGAAAAAACAAAUAUAAGAGUCUGUUAGUUUCUGACCUCAAGAUGGAACAAGAGGCGAGAGAAAAUGGAAGCAAGUCUCCUGCACAUAGUUAUUCAAGCUAUGACUCUGGCAAAAACGAGAGUGUCGACCGAGGAGCUGAGGACCUAUCACUCAACAGGGGGGAUGAGGAUGAAGAUGAUCAUGAUGAGCAUGAGGAUUCGGAGAAAGUGAACGAGACAGACGGUGUGGAAGCAGAACGGCUGAAAGCCUUCAAUAUGUUUGUCAGGCUGUUUGUAGAUGAAAACUUGGACCGAAUGGUCCCAAUCUCUAAGCAGCCCAAAGAAAAGAUCCAGGCUAUCAUUGACUCAUGCAGGCGACAAUUCCCUGAGUACCAAGAGCGUGCCAGAAAACGUAUACGUACUUACCUCAAGUCCUGCAGGCGGAUGAAAAGAAGUGGUUUUGAGAUGUCUCGACCUAUUCCUUCCCACCUUACUUCAGCAGUUGCAGAGAGUAUCUUGGCCUCAGCUUGUGAGAGUGAGAGUAGAAAUGCUGCCAAGAGGAUGCGCCUGGAUAAACCACAGGAUGAGUCAAUCCCAGCUGACAAACACUCUAAGUCAGAGACAGCCCAGACAGCUUACUCCACUUCAACUGUUCCAGGCUCCCAGGAAGUAUUGUACAUCAAUGGAAAUGGGACCUACAGUUACCAUAGUUACCGAGCGCUGGGAGGAGGACUGCUAAACCUGAAUGAUGCUUGUAAUAGUGGGCCCACCGAUCUGAGCAUGAAGAGACAGCUGGCCACUAGCUCAGGGUCCUCCAGCAGUACAAGCUCCAGACCUCAGCUGAGUCCAACUGAAAUCAAUGCUGUGAGACAGCUUGUCGCAGGCUACCGAGAGUCAGCUGCCUUUUUAUUGCGUUCUGCAGAUGAACUGGAAAAUCUCAUUUUACAACAGAACUGAGGCAAAUGGUGAACAAAUCCAUUCAGUUCUAAAUCUGCAGUUUCCACUAACGACACUUUGAUUUCUCAGCAGAGAUACUUCUGGGCUUGCUGCACAAUCUGUUAAGAGAAAAACUUCCAUUAUUGCCACACUGUCCUUGAUCUGUAAACCAAUGUGCGAAGGUGCUUCAAAGGGACCCUGGCCUCUGAAGUGCUUGAGAUAUGUAAAAGUGCCCAGCUUAUUCCUUUUUGUUUUAAUGUGCCAUCAUAAAUAUCAUGGGCAAAAUGUUGCAUAUUCUUAAUUCAAGGAUUAAAAUCUGAAGUUUGUGGUAUAAAAUAUAAUUCAAGAUCCAACUGAAAUAUUAGUAGACUCUGCUACGAACUCAUUGGACUCAAAGGUUGAAUUGUCUUGCAAAAGAGAGGGAGAGAGUCGAAUUUCUUGAUACAGGAUAUAACAACAAUGAAAAGGAUCUUGUAUUUUAAAACAAAUAUGUAAUUUUUAUAAAAGAAAACGUGUUUUUCAUUCAAAAUUGUCAUUUUCACUUUGGUAACUUUUUCAUAGGUCCUAAAGGAAAACCGUUUUCAGAAACUACUGUAAGUACCUUUUCCACAUCCCUUUUGCCUUCUCCUCUUUCCAAAUUAUUUCUAUAACAAUAUACUAAUAAUAGCACUGGAUGCUGGAGAACCCCUUGCCUAUGUUCUUUAAAUCAUCACAUCAGGAAAUAUUUCCAAGAGAAGCCUACAUUUCUGCACUUAUGCCGAUCUCAGACAAACCUAUGCCACAAAGCAGUUUUGUCAUACCAGUUUCAGCCACAGAAUGUUGUAAAAACACUCAAAAAGAAGUGCUGGAAAAUGCACACCUUGCUUUCUGUAAAGCUGCUCCUCCUGGUGGCUGCUGCUCCUCCAAGCAUCCGUCCAGAGCAGCCAUUGAUAUAGAUGACUGAAUGUUGAGGUUGCAAGUGACAAUCGGACAGUUUGCACUCUUGUGUGUAGUUUUAUUUUCAUUUCUCUCUUUCAGAAAUAGUUUCCAGAAAAGGCCAUUAUGUCUCCUGAUAUGAUUUGUGUAAUUUACAUUUUUAACUGAAAAUAACUCAGUGGAUGCAGCUGUGUCAUACAGUGAGCUAUUUCCUUCUGUCCCCUCACUCUGCCCUUGUUCUUUUGUAGUGUUGGGUACAAGAGUGGUGUUGUCUUUAUGCACUGAGGCAAGCUUAUUUUUAAAAUAUUUAGGGAAGAAGUACUUUAACUCAUGCUUGUACUAUUAUUUUUUUCUGUUGGUUGAAUUUCAAAUAUUUUGUACAUUCUUGGAUAUGCCUUAUUUCAUGUAAAUUCUGUGUCAUUCAGUUUUUGAUUAUGAGUUGAAGGCAUCUGUAAUAUUUCUUAUCAAUAUGUUGCAUAUAGUUUUUCAGGUAAUGACUGUGAGUGUGGCCCAGUAAUGUGCACUUUUUCUUGUAACUGUGGACAUUGCUAUACUUUUUUCUUUUAGUGUUUCUAGAAUUACUGUUCCUUACACUUACAUAAACAAACAAAAGGAAAUUUUGUGAUACUGUUGGUGAAUAUAAUGUGAAAAUCUUAUUGAGAUAUGAGUAUUUUGAAAUAAUAGAUGCACAAACAUCUUUUAAUGUAUGGAUUUAGAGUUUGCUUAUUUAAUGAAAAUUUUAAAAAUGAG